UCGAGGAGGAUGAACUCACUACGAAAAGCAUUGGCGAUGGUUCGUCUUUGGGCUGUUCGAGCCCGUCGACUGUCGGAGUCUGUUCCGGAUUGCUUCGGAUUGCUGGACUGGAUUUUGAUUGUCGCUGGUGUUCGAUUUGAGUCCCGCGUUGGGUGGCAACGAUUCGCGUGGAAUCUGUACGUUGGAGUAGGGUAUUUCCAAUUUCUGAUCGGCGUGGUGAACUUUUUUGGUGCUGUCGUGAAUGUGGAGGACGUCGUGAUGACCGUUUGGAGCACGAACAUGGUCGCAGCGGAAAUACAGUGUCUGCUGAAGCACGUCCAUCUUCUGCGGCAUGAUGUCGUUAUCAAAGAAGUACGGAAUUUCCUCCAAGGUACUGGGUACAGCUCUGGAGACUCAGAAUUUGAUGCGGGAGUUAGGAAGCGCUUUCGGAAUAAUACCCGAAUAUUACUCGUUGUGUUUGGGGUUCAAAUCUUGAUUGUACAGAUCUUCUGCUGGAUACCGAACUCGCUACAACUGAGAACGUUUCACAUUCCAUCGUGGAUUGGACGCUACUUUGGUACACGAUUCGCCUGGUUCAUUCAAGUCAUUUACAUCUCGGCUUUUGCCUCCUUCUGGGCUUCAAAGCUAUUUUGCUGUACAAUUGUCGCAGCAGUUUUGAUGACGGGAGUGAAAGUUGAGCAGGAGAUUCUGGUUCAUCAGUUAGGAAACCUUGAAGAUGAAUUGAAAGACUUGUGGGAAAAUUAUCAUGAAUCAGAUCAUACCCAAAUUCUUUUCUGGGAACGUUUCAAGUCACUGGUUCAAACGACUAUGAAACACCAAAGUCUGAUUUUGCUAGAAAUUCAAAAGUUGAAGCCGCUUGUUGAAAUGUUAAUCUUUUACGUGUAUUACUUUGCUCUGAUAACCAUCGGAUCAACUUUUUUCAUAGUUAUGUCGGAAUCGAUCACAUUCAUGCAUAUCGCUAUGGGUGCAACUGUAUGGGUGAUUUGUUUGGAAUGCUACGUGCUAUGCUAUCUGGUAGACGCUUUCAAAGAUGUUUUUCAAUCCAUUUCCGGGCACAUCCUUAGCGUGCAGCUUCCGUACUCGGCAGAACAUCGCCGGGAAUGCCUUGGGAUGCGGUCCACCCUGGACAUUGUUGCUUGCUGCUCGCAGAACGUCAUCCGAUUUGGCUGCCCGGGUAUUUCGAGCAUUUCGGUGAAGGUUUUCGCCGACUUGGUCAACACCUCGUACUCAGUUUUGACUUUUCUACGAAACAUUAUCUAA